AUGGCGUCGGAGAUUUGCCGCCACGGGCUCACGCCCUUCGAAUCGAACGAGCUGUCCAGCACGGCGGACGUGGUCUCUCCAGAAGAGGUGAGAGCAAGGAUCGAGGUCGUUGUCCGGCGAUUCUUGGCCACUUUGAUCUCUCAUCGGCCCAGGAUUAUGCCGCUUUCCAUGGUCCGGAGGAAUUGUAGCAACGUUUUGAUGCAAAGGGGGCUACUGCAAGGCGAUAACAUCUUCCUGUCGCAUCUAGACUCGACCCUGAGCUUCACAAAAUCCGGGAGCAUGAAGAGAUACUUUCGAGUUUGGAAAAUGCUGGAGCUCUGCUACCAGCUUCUUACGCUUGGCAAGAAAGCUACACAGCGGGAGAUCUUCUACAGGCUUCUUUGCGACGCAUCCGAGUACUUCCAGUGCCAGGAGCAAGUGAACAAAACCAUCCAAGGCAUAGUUUAGUUUUUCUUAGCUGCUGGAGAUGGCUGAAGCGAGAAAGCGAAAA